AUGUAUAAGAGGCAGAUCAAACCUGCUCAAAUUGAGGAUGUGGAAACAGCUGCUCUCCCUUCUCUCUCGGAGCGUGCUCUCAACACACCAUUCGUAGCCAAUAAGCAAUGGAUCCAGGACUCGACAGGGAAGAACUUCACCUAUGUUGGUGUCAACUGGCCGGGGGCGGCCGAUGUGAUGAUUCCGGAGGGUCUGCAGUACGCCUCAAUCGCAUCGAUCGUGUCUAAGGUGAAGAGCCUUAAGAUGAAUGUCGUGCGGUUGACCUUCGCGAUCGAGAUGAUCGACAAUAUCAAGGACAACGGAGGCGACGUUACUAUUCAGAACGCAUUCAACAAAGCUCUCGGCACCACCAACGGCCCAAAGGUGUACCAGCAGGUCAUCAAGAACAACCCACAGUUCAACGAGAAGACCACCAGACUCCAGGUUUUCGAUGCUGUCGCCGCCGAGCUAAACAAGCAAGGCAUCUACGUUCAUUUGGACAACCACAUGUCGAAAGGCGCGUGGUGCUGUGGUAGCGGAGACGGAAACACAUGGUUUGGAGACACCUACUUCAACGUCAACAACUGGAAGCGUGGUUUGCAGUAUAUGGCGGAGCAUGGCAAGUCAUGGCCGAACCUAGUUUCCAUCGGUCUUCGGAAUGAACUCAGAAGCGGAGCCACCAAUGGUCUUCCUUACAAUUGGGCAACCUGGUAUGACCAGGUAAUCCCCGCUAUGGACCUCGUGAACAAGGCAAAUCCAAACAUUCUCAUCUUCCUUUCUGGCCUUGACUACGACACCAAGUUGGAGCCCAUCGCUACCGGCGCUGAUCUUGGCAGCGGUAAGAAAUUUUUGCUGUCAGACUUCAAGUACGCCAACAAGUUGGUACUCGAGCUGCACAACUAUCAAAACGAUGCCACAGACUGUGGAAGUAUAGAGAGCGGCCUAUGGAACAAUGGAUUCAGGGCUACCGGCACUAAAGCAGCAAACAUUAUGCCCGUUGUGCUUACUGAAUUCGGGUUCUCUCAAGCGGGCAAUGACUACACAAAGACGUAUGCGACCUGUAUCAAGAAGCUCAUGCCGCAGUGGAAGACGGGAUGGACUGUUUGGGUCCUCUCGGGCAGCUACUACAUCCGUAGCGGGACCCAGGACUAUGAAGAGACUUGGGGACUGCUUAACCACGACUGGUCAGCGUGGCGAAACACUGCCGCAAUAAGCGCGCUCCAGGGAAUGAUCGACGCGUCGCUGACGGGUUAGACCACUUCCUACUUCAAUUCCCGUAGACAAUGACAUUGUUCUAA